AUGCGUUUCUCCACUGCGCUUGUUGUCAUCGUUCCCCUUGUCUCUGUCGCCGUUCUGGCUGUUCCUGCUCCGCAAUUAAAGCCUAAGGGGUGGCUGAAGGAAGAUCUUGCAGCCCGACAGUUAUUACAGCCUAAAAGAAUGGAGCCUGAGGAGUGGCUGAGAGAAGACCUUGCAGCCCGACAGUUAUCACAGCCUAAACGGAUGGAGCCUGAGGAGUGGCUGAGAGAAGACCUUGCAGCCUGA